AUGGCACAAAUGGUAACCACCUGGACUCAAACAGCGCCAGGAGUGUACGAGGCCAAUUUGGAUGGCGCUGAAACAGUAUAUCGCAAGACGGCAACUGUGUUUGCUCCUCUGAGCCGCGAACACUGGCGUCUGCACACUAUCUGUCGCUUCAACUUUGGGCCGGACUACAUAGGGCCGACCGACAAGGAGACAGCUCUGCGUCAAGCAUGGAAAGCCCUGCGCUAUGAGUUCCCCGGCAUGGCGGUUGCUCCCGACGGCUUCAAGAAGAUUUACAAGACCCCCGAUGCUCAGACAACACAGCAAUGGCUGGACCAGACGUUCUUUGUGGAAACGCAGAGAACAGCUGACGAGAUCAUCUCCGAGGCUGUGCCCCUGCAGGAAGUUCCUAGCUUGUACUAUCUACCAGCCACUUCAGAGAUUAUCUUCUUCAUCUCGCACUGGCGCAUCGAUGCAAUGGGAUCAUGGAUGGUCACGGACCGUUUCUUCCACCACCUCGCACACCCGGCGGCAGACGAGUUGCCCGCUGUUCCACCCUCCGACGAGAUAGACAGAAUCUCUCCUAGUCUAGAGGAUGCAGCGGGUUCGCCCAAAGUCUCAACCCCCGAGAUGGACAAAGUGGCUGCUGAGCAUAUUGCCGCACACCACCGUAAUGCCAUUCAGAUGGGCGGCAUGCCCUACAAAGGAGAUGGCACCACGCUGCCUGGAAGUCCCCAACGAGAGGCACUAGUUUUCACUACUGAAAGUACCCAGCGCGCCAUUGCUGCCUGCAAAGCCCGCGGCAUCACCAUCACCGCUGCCAUUCACGCAGCGCUGGCCGAGACGGUCUUUGCUAUGGGAUUGCCAGAGUCGCGCGAAAACGAUUACGUGACGGUGAUGCCAGUGAACCUGCGAAACUAUCUGAAGGCUCCUUAUAGCGGAGACGGCCAUGCCCUGCAGACCUACGCCGGCAGUAUUACUCCACGAGUGGCGCGUCACGCUACAUUCGCCGAACGCACUGCGUAUCUGAUGGAAUACUACAAAACGAGGUACGACGCCAAGUUAAUCGAAUGUCUAAGGCCCAUUUAUAAAUACCACGCCGACGCCCUGUUCAAACCGCGGCCGGCCUCGACCACGGCCGCCAAUGGAGAGGCGCCCUCAGCUCCUCCUCCGCGGCCCCCGAGCGGCAUCUCGAUCAACAGUCUCGGCGUGGUUGAAAAGUACUUUGCUGGGAAGUACGGGGAUGCGGUGGACGUCGACACAUUUACUUUUGGGGUCAGCAUGAUUACGCGGCAGACCAUGUUGUAUGUGUGGACGUGGAAGGGCCGAUUGACGCUGUCUAGCGAGUAUAACAGCGCUUACCAUGAGCCGGAGGAGGUGCGGGAGGUGAUGUUGUCGAUUAAGAGGGUGCUUGAGAAGGAGCUGGAGAUUUGUCUGGAUGAGGUGGAGAACUAA